UGUCGAGCAAGCAGGCAACUAGUUUCAACUUGCAAGCGUGCUGUCAAGUAUGCGCAAACCCCGACUCCAUGCUUAUAAAUCAUCAUGUUCUUUCUGAAAGCCUCAUAUGAAGCCUUAGAUGAACUUAUGAGUUAAUUACCGGUCUAAUGCUUUCGGCUAUUUCUCACGGAACAACGAGACUCAGGUUACUAGCGUUUUGAAACGUUAUUGACCAAGUCAGUAGGGGUGGGUUGGUGUAGAGAAAGGAAGAGGAAGAAAGUCAGAAAAAGCAGCCUGAGUGCGAAACUCAGAACUUGCUAACACAUCAGUGCUCAGCUAUCUAAUUCGAUUCUUUUUCGGAAGGAAAACUUGGCAGGUGUGAAUUUAAUAUGAAGCGUCUAUUUUCGUUUGGCGGCAAAGGACGAAGCCAAUGAGGGCUACCCACGAGAUACAGUCUAGAGGACAUUAUUUCAACAUUUCAGGGUCUGGAAGACGCUUAGGGUUCCCAUAUCCUCUGGAUGACUGAAGGACAUAGCAGUGGAUUCUGACAUGGACUGUGCAGAGGUCAAAGGUCAAAUCCCAGCGGAGGAACAGCUGGAGCCACUGGUUAUCCUCGAGGAAGGGGACGAGCUGGACGAUUUCACACAUAUCUCUGCGAGAGGGAAAGGCGUACUAAGAGUGAAGAAGGAAAACAUGGAAGACAUGAUUAAGGGAAGUUCGGAGGGAAGUACAGAUUCUGAAAACGAUGUGGAAGUGGAAAGUCAGCAAAAGGAAGGGCUGGAAUACAUAAACCAAAAGAUCGAGGGAGUGACAGAAACCGAGGAGAACCCAGAAGUGAAAAUAGUCCAAACCAGACCUGGAUUAGUGAUGGGGAAGGCAGAAGAAGAGAUGGAGGGAUUGAAGACAAAAGCAGUGCCUAAAGAAGAGUCACUUGCUGAUAGCCAGCCUUCUGCCAAACUACGACCCAGGGACCGACUCAGUCCUGAAGAUGCUCAGCAAAAGGUCCACAGAUUAUCCCCAGAUUCUCCUGACGCUCUCUACGAGCUACUUUGCGCUUUGCAAGAGGGCCGUCGGCUCAACGACCAGCGCUGCUCCUUCACACUGCAGCCACGCCGGAGGUGCCACUCGGAGCCUGGAACCCCACGCCACAACCAUAAAGGAGUCUAUGGCAGCCCUAUGAACUUGGUCUUCUCAUCCAUGACGUCGCUGCAGAAGGAGGAGUUCUUCGACCUGGUGGCUACCUCCCAGGCUCGAAGGCUGGAUGACCAGCGUGCUGCUUUUCAGGGCCCUUCCCCAGAAACCCCGGCGCGUUUGCCUCAGGAGCCUCGGCGUCCCUCCAGCGCCCCUGAGACUUUCUCUCAGCCCAGACCCAAAUCGAGGAGAAGCAGCUGGAAGGUCAUGGAGUUUGGGCAGUCCGUUCCCAAGCCAGCAGCAAAGGAGGAACUCUACAACAUGAUCCUAAGCUCACAAGCACAGGGCCGUUUGGAGGAGCAGCGAAGCAAAGCACCAGGCCCUAUGGAUGAUGAAGAUUUCUUCUCCCUGCUGUUGAAGGUCCAGGGAGGCCGUCUAGACGAGCAGAGAACAGAGCUUCCCGUAGCACUUCGGUAUUAAGAGACGCUGGCUAACACGUCUGAAUAUUGAAAAAGGGUGUUAUUUCGGGUUUUGCCUGAAAUAUGUCUUUUAGUUACUUUUUUAACUUGCUUUUUGUUUAAAAUGAUGUAAUUUAUGAUUGUCAAGUAUGUUUUAGAAAUUGUUGGUGUUCCCAAGGAUUUUAAUAUUUGAGCGAUGUACCUUGAGUGUUAACUGUAGAACGUUUUUUUAUAAGAAGCGCUAGGGUCAACACUUGAGCUGAGCGAAACGUUGCACAUGGUUGCAACAGGCGUUUAAUAUUUGCUGAUGUUUUUCACUGUUGGUGUUUGCUUUAGGGAGGCGUGAAAAAGAGCUUAGAGGAACAGAGGGCGCAGACUUUUAGAAGUGUGAAUGGUGCAAAGCAGUGAAAGACCAAGAGCUGAAGCACAAUGGGGUACAUUAUAUAAGAAGUAAGGCAAGACACUGUAAGUGAAUGGGGUCAUUAUAAUUAUCAUUAUUAUUUUUUCUUAUUAAUAACAACAACAAUAAUAAUAAUAGAUCUAACAAUUAAAUAUUUGACAGUUGAUUGCUGAUAGGGUGCACGGUGGCUUGGUGUUUAGCACGUUCACCUCACACCUCCAGGGUCGGGGGUUCGAUUCCCACCGUGGCCCUGUGUGUGCGGAGUUUGCAUGUUCUCCCCGUGCUGCGGGGGUUUCCUCCGUGUACUCCGGUUUCCUCCGCCAGUCCAAAGACGUGCAUGGUAGGCUGAUUGGCGAGUCUAAAGUGUCCGUAGUGUACAAGUGGGUGUGUGAGUGUGUAUGUGAUUGUGCCCUGCGAUGGAUUGGCACCCUGUCCAGGGUGUACCCCGCCUCGUGCCCGAUGCUCCCUGGAAUAGACUCCAGGUUUCCCCGUGACCCUGAAAAGGAUAAAGUGGUAUAGAAGAUGGAAGGAUGGAUGGAUGAUUGCUGAUAUUCUUACAGAUAUUGAAACUUUUUCAAAAAUCCAUUUGUCUAAUUAUUCAUGCAUAAAUCUGCAUACAAAAUCUAGCAUCUUUUGAUGUUGUUAAAAUUAAUAUAAAAUAAAAGUAAAAAAAAUUCAUGGAGUUUAUUUCACUAUGGAGACACUCUCAAGCGAAAGACUUUUACAGAAAAGUUUGUUGAAUUUUUUUUAUUAUUAAUAUUAUUAUUGUUAACCGAGAAAACACACUGUUAUAAGAUGAUUUUACGCCAUUUUCAGUAUAAAAACAACAUUUUGGGAUACUCUUCUGCAAUAAGGCUUAAAUUAGGAAUAGGAACGAACGAGGGUAAGUCACCUAGAAACUGAUUGUGAGGGAAAAAAAUCAAAAAUUAAAAAAAAAAAAAGAAAAAGAAAAAAAAAGAAAGGAAAAUACAGUGUGGUGUUAAUGUUAACUUGUUGCAACUUGAGUUUGAUUGAUGUGUAUAUCAUCAUGACCCAAAAUUGACAUGAUUUCAAGGAUAUAUGACGUGCUGUGAUUGUGUUACGUAGGCGGAGCUUCAUCAAAGUCGCUUAGUUGCUAACAAAAUCAGUGAUAUGAACACUUUUCUGUUGAGUUGUGAUUUUCUUUUUUUUUUCUUUUUUUAUUCCUGCAGUUUAAGAGAUGUUACACAAACAUUAUUGACCAGAAUGAUCUUUUCUACCUAGUGUCUUGCCUUAAACUGAUGCCUAACAGACUUAGCCAGUUGUAGAACGUUAUAUUGCAGCAGUCUAUUUUUGAGACAUUCGAGUCAAGUAUGAUGAGCGGCUCAAAAUCUCUAUAAAGCUAAUAAUGAAGCUCAGCAACAGGACCGACCGAUUCCUCUUCGCUAGACGUAAAACUAUUCUUUGUUACUGAUCGUAAUAAAUCUAAUCGUCAUACUGAUACCAGAUAGGACUGGUAUGACUUGUGACUGGUGGUUAUGGUUACAGUGUGUGAGAAAUGUGAGACUUUUUUUUUUGUUUGUUUUUUAAAUCAGCACAAAAGUCACACCAGCCAGCAUUCUUCUAAAGUGUGAAAGCAGUCUUAGUUUUGUUCAAGAGUCACGAAGCUAACGAAACCGACAAGCCACCAGUUUAGCAUGGUGCACACUGCAUGUCUGAAGCAUUGCACAAUUUCUUUCUGGAUUCGUUCAGUGUCUCAAAUAGACUUGUUCCUCUCGUGUUAUCUUUUUUUUUUAAUGAUAAAAAAAGACGUUAUUAGUUAUUAGCUGUGUCAUAGUUCCAUCUCAAAGCGGAGUCACUUUCUUCCUCAGGCUUUGUGGUUAGCACGUUCGCCUCACACCUCCAGGGUCAGGGGUUCGAGUCCCACCGUGGCCCUGUGUGUGCGGAGUGUGCAUGUUCUCCCCGUGCUGCGGGGGUUUCCUCCGGGUACUCCGGUUUCCUCUCCCAGUCCAAACACAUGCAUGGUAGGCUGAUUGGCGUGUCCAAAGUGUCCGUAGUGUAUGAAUGGGUGUGUGAGUGUGUGUGUGAUUGUGCCCUGCGAUGGGUUGGCACCCUGUCCAGGGUGUACCCCGCCUCGUGCCCCAUGCUCCCUGGGAUAGCCUCCAGGUUUCCCCGUGACCCUGAAGGAAGGAUAAGCGGCAUAGAAGAUGGAUGGAUGGAUGGAUAUAUUCAGUGAUUUUAUGAAAGUAUUUUAUGAAAUAUUUUAUGUUACCGAGGCACUGAGUGUGUGAGGACUUAGACAUGCAUUUUUGCACAAUGUUAAAACGGUAGCUAGAAGUUUCCUUUACUUACGUAUAAUCGAAUACAUUCGAAUUAGCUCGUAAUUCCGUCGUUUUUCGAACUGAGCUACAAAGAGGGCGAAAAAAAAAAACAUGGACGCCAGCUAACUCUCAGGAACGAUGUAUAGUCUCCUCCUCAGAACAGCGAACUAUACAGCCAAUGUUAUAGAUUUAACAAGCGAAUAUAUUGAUUAAUCUAAAACAAAUACUUGUAUAAACAGUAUAAGUCAUUUAAAGGUGAGACGGGUUACACUGUUGAAGGGGAAGGAGGAGUUUUCGAGUUACGCUGUUUUAGCUGAACGUAUCAUUACCUACGUUAACCUUGUAGCUCUAGAACAAAACUAAAGAAGCAAACUCGUCGUGGAUUAUUGGCUAAAGUUAUCGAGAAUAGUGGAAAAUUAUAUCGUUUGUAUUUUCGGGGUAAACUAUGACAUUAAAACACAAGAUUCUUGUAUUCAAGCUGAAAAAUUACUGAGAAGAGUUUGAUAAACCUCUGAUAAAAGUCGUUUUUGAGUAGCAAAAUUCAUGAUUUGUAUGAUUAUCAGUUUUUUAAGGGUAUUUAAGCGGUUUAAUAACGUGAAAGCAUUGCGAAUUAAACUAGAAUGUAGACUACAUACUCAGAAUAGGAGGUCUUGCACUACUUCACGGUGUUGCCAAGUUUAAUGAACUAAAGUGAUUAGCUUUAUACAUUAAUAUUAAUUACUAAUCCCGUUCUGCAUCUGUCCUUUACAGUGUAGGAUACCUGACCCGUUAUGGUAUUUAAUAGAGAAAAAGCCAAACGCCAUCAUUGUUUUGUUGUGCACAGAAAAGACUGUUCCUUAAUUAAAAUGAUUAAUGAAGUCA